AUUAAUUAAAAUUUAAUCAUGACUACUCCGUUCUAGAAUCUGUCAGCGCAUGAACGCGGCCAUUACGUUACAUGCAUACUGCAAAAUAACCAGAUGUUUUAAGUCCUCUCAGAGGCGUUUCUUAAAAACCUAAUUUUAGACUUCAAUUCUUUUCGAGGUCCGACAUUACCAAGGGAAAUCCAUAACUUUUCAGUUGGCCAAAAGAAACCCCAAAUUUGAUGCACAGAAAUCCUUGAUUUGAGCCUGAAUCUGCCGUAAGCUUUUGCGCUUGAAUCGAAGUACGCCUUCAAGAUCUGUUCGUCAGCUCCUUUAUUUCGAGCCUUUUCAGUUGGCGAAAAGAAACCCUGAAUUUGAUGCACGGAAAGCCUUAAUUGGAACCUGAAUGUGCUGUAAGCUUUAGAGCUUAAAUCCAAGUACGCUUUCAAGAUCUGUUCAUCAGCUCCUUUAUUUUGAGCCUUUUGUAGAAUAUUGUGAAUGCUUUGGACCGAAAAGGGUUUGAAUUGGUGUGCUUUGUGGUCCAAGACUGAGGGAUCCGGUGGCAAUACGGUCAUUGCAGAGCAGGGGCAGCAUGCACAGGGCACCUAAAUGGAAGGCAGAGAAGAACAGAGUGAAGGCUGUGUUCCGUUUGCAAUUGCAAGCUACACAGGUGCCACAACCAGGAUGGGAGAAGUUGUUUGUAUCCUUUAUUCCUGCCGAGACUGGAAAGGCUUCAGCUAAGACAACAAAAGUUUCUGUCCGCAAUGGAAGUUGCAAAUGGUCUGAUCCUAUAUAUGAGACAACAAGACUUUUGCAGGACAUGAAGACCAGAAAAUUUGAUGAAAAGUUAUACAAGCUUGCAGUCUCAACGGGGUCCUCUCGUUAUGGCUAUCUUGGGGAAGCUGACAUCAACCUUGCAGAUUAUGCAGAAUCUGUAAACCCAUCAACUGUCUCUCUGCCACUCCAAAGCUGCAAUUUUGGUACCAUUUUACAUGUUACGAUCCAGUUACUCACUGCAAAAACAGGCUUUAGAGAGUUUGAGCAGCAAAGGGAGCUUACAGAAAGAGGUUUACGUAUUGGGGAUGAUGAACAUGAUGGGAGUGCAUUAGCUUCCGAAGAGAAAAUAGAUGGCCUUGGCAUUAAGGAAAAGCCUCGAGCCAGUUCAGCUGUUCGGCUUCGUCCAGGUAGUCAAGAAGUUUCAUCAAUAAAACUCAGUAGCAAAACCAAUAGAAACUACAGAGGACAUGUUGCUGGUGCUACUAUAUCACUUUCUACUGCAGAAAACAACUAUAGUUCAAAGCAACAGGAAAAUGAUGUUUCUGAGGUUGGUGGUAUAACAAAUGGAAUAAAUCAAGAUGCAGAAGGCUUUCCUUCAUCUCUUAGCCAAAUUUCCAAGCCUCCCCUAAAAUCAAGUAUCAGUAAUGGUCAGGUACAAAUGCAUAUGAAACAAAUAGAAAGGUCAAGUGGUGAAUGGACACAUGGUUGGAGUUCAGACUAUUCUACAGAAAAUGAUGUGGCAAAUGUUUAUGAAGAAAAUGAGAGGCUUAAAGUAAAUCUACAAAUUGCUGAAUCUUCAAUAAUGCAGCUCAAGACAGAAAUCGCCUCAUUAGAAAAGCAAGCAGAAGGACAAGCAGCAGAAAUAAAUACACUAAUGCAGCAACUUACAACAGAGAUUAAGCAGGAACGGGACGCAAUUAAAAAUUCAAAUGUCAGAUCAGAGAGUGGAAGUAUUAAAUCCGACUAUGAGCAGCUACAGGUUCCAGGACAUGGCAAGGAAGAACAUAAGCAUGUGGGUAAUGGAUGGCUUGACAUGGGUGAUAGCAAGUAUACUUUGGAAGACCUCAAAAAAGAGCUGGAUUCUGAGAAACAAGUCAACAUGAACCUCAAAAUGCAGCUGGAGAAGACACAAGAGGCACACUCUAAGUUAUUACUUGGAUUUCAGGGGGAUUUUUCAGAGAGCAAGACUAAGGAGAUUGAACAGAUACCAAAUAGAAAACCUCAGGCUAUGGUGAUAGAAGAUAAAAAUCAGGGACUUAAGGGCACCGAGAUCGACUGGCUACAAAAGCUCACUUCUUCAGAGCACAAAGUCAGAGAAAUCAAAGAGAAAAUAAUUUUGAAAGAUGACGGAAGGAUCUUGGAAUUCCUUGGAGAUGAUCUUGAGGUUUUGGAGAGGCUAUUCCAAGAGUUCCGGCAGGAAAACAUAAGUAUGAUUAGUAAGUUGAAUGGUAAAAUGAUUGCAAGUGAUAGAAAAAUAGCUGAAGUUGAUCCUGACAAGAGGAGCUUCCCUGGAGAGUUCUUCCUGCCAUGUAACAUCCUAACUAAUUUUGAAAUCAAUGGCUGUGGGAAUGGAAAUUCAUGUCUUUAUUUGGAUGAUCGUGAAACACCAAACAGUUAUCAGCUUUGCAAGCAGAAAAACACAUCACAUGAUAUACAUUUUGAAACACAUCAAUUUUCAGGGAACACAGAAAAAAUAAAUGGUUUUGACAAGUCAGGAUUAGAAUUUCAACUUUCAGAAGCUAAGCAACAGAUAGAGGCUCUUUCUGCAUCAAACUACCAGCUAGAAACUAGAAUUCAAUCUCUAGUGGAGGACAGACAUGACUUGCAAAAUCGGCUAAAUACAGUUCUAGCAAGGGAACAAAAUGGAGAUUUUAUGGAAGAAUCUCUAAUUAUCACAGGAGAAGACUAUGAGCCACAAACCAAGAGAAGCCAACACAUAGGCAAUGACCAAGAUGAGAUUUACAGCAAAAUGUUUCUUUUGGGGAAGAAAAAGAGUCAACUUAUUCAAAAUAGUUCUCAGUUUGGUGCAGAGAAACAUGGUAUGGAAAAUGACAAAGCUCUGAUGGCCACAACAAAGCUAUCAGAGGUAGUCAGAAAAGGUGAAACUGACAGUGAUAGCACUCUUGAAAUGCAGAAAAGGAUUUAUGAACUUUCUGCAGAAGCAGAGGACUAUAAAAAGGCACGAGACUCUCUAGCAUAUGAAAUAGAGCAAUUAGAAUACAAAUAUGAGGCUCUGAUAUGUGAACUUGAGGAACGAGUGUCAUAUUUAGGGAACUCAGAGAAGCAGCUGCAAGAACACUUAGAAAAUCUGAGAGAUGAGCACAGAGCUUCUUUAUAUAGUAUUAGCACCCUUGAAAGUCAGCUGGAAAAGUUAAAGCAAGAGCUUGAUCAACAAGCAGCAAGCUAUUCAGCCGACAGGGAUAAAAUGGCCUUGUCUAAAUCUGAGCUGGAGCAAAGGGCCAACAGAGCAGAAAUGGCACUAAAAAAGACUCGAUUGCAUAAUGCUAACACUGUUGGACAACUUCAGAAAGAGCUUGAGCAUCUUUCUUUACAGAUUUCUUGUACAUUUGAUGCCAAUGAAAAGCUGGCAACACAAGCAUUUGCAGAGGCAUCUCAACUAUGUGUACAAAAGGAUGAACUGGAAGAUCAAUUAACAAUAAUGCAAGAAACACUUGAAAAGGCUAAUAAAGAGAUUGCAGAAACCAGACAACAGGGUGAAUCCCAGGUGCAAAAACUUACAACUCAGCUGAAUCUCUCAAAGAAAAGCGAAGAAGAGUUGCUUCUAAAGCUUCAAAACAUGGCUAAUGAGCUAGAAAAUCAGAUAGAAAGUGAAGGAGACUAUAUUAAAAGAGAUGAGGAGCUUUCUGCCCGAAUUUCGAUGUUGGAGAGAGAGGUGCAAACUCUAUCAAAUGAAAAGAUCAAUCUUAUUCAAAAGGCUGAAGAAUGUAACAUUGUAAAAGCUGAACUCCAGAGUACUAAAAUAAGUUUAAAUGGUUGUAAAGCAGAGAGGACAGGUAUAGAAGCUUUGUUGCAGAGGGUUAAUGAGGAAAAAAUAAAAUUUGAGAAGGAACUUUGUUCUUUGAAUGAAAUGCUGAGAAAUUCAGAUACAGAAUUCGAUGAACUGAAAUGUUGCAAAGAUGAACGACAUGAAGAAGUUGCAUCGCUUCAUUUGGCAUUGGAAAAUAUAGUUGCUGAUAAGUCAUCUUAUAUUGAGCAAAAAAACAAAUUGUUGGAACUUCAAAGCCAACACAGUGAGCUUAAGCAGAGGUUGUCUGAGCAAGAGUUGAAGACAGCAGAGAUGAAACAUUUGUUUCAUUCACAGAAAGAACUUCAACAGAAGGCAGAGGCAGAGGUAUCUCAACUGUGCGCUCAGAAGAAUGAUCUAGAAGAAUAUUCAUCAGGCUUGCAAUCAUCACUCCAAAAUGCCAAAGACGAGAUUGCAUUUAUUACAGGACAGUACGAAGGCAAGGUCCAAGAACUUAUGACUCAAUUAGAUCUUUCAAAUAAACAACGAGAGGAAAUGAUUGCAAGGCUGCAAAAUGCAUGGAAUGAUAAAGAGAAGUGCAUGAAUAAUGAAACAAAUCACAUUAAAAGAAAUCAGGAGCUGGCCAGUAAAAUUUCAAUGUUGGAGAUAGAGUUACAGUCAGUCUUAAAGGAUAAGAGUAGUCUUACCCAAAGGGUUAAGGAAUGUGAUGGUAUGAGGUCUGAUUUUGAAAAAAAUAAACAGAAUUUGGACAGUACUAAAGUCCAAAAUGCAGAGCUAAAAUCAGCUUUGCAAAAGGUUAAGCAUGAAAGCAGAGAGCUUGAAAAUGAACUUAUCUCGUUAAAAGCAGCACUGGAAAGUGCAGAUAGAGAACUAGACGAGUUGAAAUGCUCCAAGAAUGAACUAGAGAUAACAGCAGCGUUCCUGAAGUCCAAGUUGGAUAAUCAAUAUACUGAAUUAGCAUUGAGUAAUGAGCAUAGAGAUGAGUUAAUCGAGCUCCAUAAGCAGUAUGGUGAACUAAAACAUAGGUUUUCAGAAAAAGAAGAGGAAGCAGAAGAAUUAAGGAAACGUUUAGCUCAUUCUGUAGAGCAUUCACAGAAGGCAGAUGUGGAAGUUUCUCAGAUUUGUGCAAGAAAUAGUGACUUGGAGAAACAGUUGUCAAUCAUCCAAGAAUCACUACAAAUAGCAAGUGCAGAAAAUGAAUCAUUGAGAUUGCAGGUUGAAGCCAAGAUGCAAGAGCUAGAUUUGCUGACAAAAGAAAGGGAAGAUUUGUUAUCAAAGCUAGAAAAUGCAAUGGCUGAUCUUGAAUUGCAGAAAAAAAGUGAAGAAAAUUCCUUGAGAGCAAAUAAGGAACUUUCCAUCAAAAUUUCGUUAUUGGAAACAGAGGUGCAAACAGCUUUGAAUGGAAAGAUGGAAGUUCUUCACAAGGUCGAGGAUUAUGAAGCUAUCAUAGCUGAACUAGAAAGUAAUAAAAGUAGUCUCAAUAUUUGUAAUACAGAGAGAGCAGCGCUAGAGGAUUCUUUGGACAGGGCUACUGAGGAGAAAGGAAAACUUGAUAAGGAACUUGGCUUAUUGAAGGAAUUGUUAAGGGAUUCAGAUUCAGAAUUAUUCGAGCUGAAACAACACAGAGCUGAACUAGAGACAGAAGUCAAGUUUCUGCAGUCCAAGGAGAAUGAGCAAAAUGAUGAAUUGAUGCAGCUUCAUAGUGAAAAUAAUGAACUUAAACUUAGGUUUUCAGAACAAGAAUUGAAAAUGGAAGACCUGAGGAAAUACCUAGCUCACUUUAAAGACCUUUCGGAGAAGGCAGAUCUGGAAGCUUCUCAGCUUCAUGCAAGAAAUGUUGACUUGGAAAAGCUGUUGUCAGUUGUCCAACAAUCACUGCAAAUGGCAAAUGCAGAUAAUGAAUCAAUGCAAAAGCAGUUGGCAGCCAAGGUGCAAGAACUAGAUCUGUCAACAAUACAGAGGCAAGAGUUUUUAUUAAAGCUGCAAAAUGCAAUGUCUGAUCUUGAGGUUCGGACAAAAAGUGAAGCAACUUACUUGAGAGAAAAUAAGGAGUUAUCUGUCAAGAUAUCAUUAUUGGAAACAGAGUUGGAAACUGCUGUGAAUGAAAAGAUGAAAAUUAUUCAUAAUUGUGAGGAACUUAAAGUGUGCAAAGCUGAAUUAGAAGAUUCUUUGGACAGCACUAAUGAGGAAAAAGAGCAACUUGAUAAGGAGCUUGGUUUGCUAAAAGAAAUGUUAAGGAAUUUAAAUUCAGAGCUAGAUGAGCUCAAUUGCCACAGAGAUGAACUAGAGAUAACGGUCACCGUUCUGGAGUCCAAGAUGGAUGAGCAAAAUGAUGAAUUGAUACAGCUUCAUAAUGAAUGCAUUGAACUUAAGGGCAGGCUCUCAGAGAAAGAAGUAAUGGCAGAAGAAUUGAGAAGACACUCAAUCCAAUUGAAAGAGCUUCAACAGAAGGCAGAAGCCGAAGUCUCUCAACUCCAUGUGCGGAAGAAAGAAAUGGAAGAACAUUCAAUAAUGGUGCAAGAAUCGCUUCGAAUUGCAUUCAUCCGAGAGCAAUUUGAAGCCAAAGAGCAAGAACUGAUGAAUCAAUUAGAAAUGUCAAAAAGACAUGGUGAGGACUUAAUGUCAAAGCUGCAAGAUAGGAUGAAGGAGCUUGAGAUCCAGAAAAGCAAUGAAAUACAGUACAGGGAAAAAACUGAAGAGCUGUCCAUUAGACUUGUGUCGCUGGAGACAGAAUUGCGAUCUGUUUUGAAACAAAAUAAUGUCCUUGUUCAGAAGAUUAAGGAAAGUAAUGAAGUGAAGGCGGAAGUUGAAAUUACUAAAACAAGUUUGGAGAAAUGUGUAGCAGAGAAAGCACGGUUAGAACAUCAGUUGCAUAUAUCUGAUGUGGAGAAAGAACAACUUGAUAAAGAGCUUUGCUCUUUAAAGGAAAUGCUUAGAUAUUCAGAUGUGGAAUUGGAUGAGUUGAAAUGUUGCAAGGAUGAACUAGAGAUGAAGGUCGCUUCUUUCCAGUCCAAAUUGGAUGACCAAGAUGCCCAAUUAUCACUCCAAGCAGAUGAAAAGAAUGAACUAAUUCAGCUUCAAAAGUUUGAAAAUGAACUUAAGAAUAGAUUGUUGGAGAAAGAGUCAAAGAUAGAAGACAUGGAGAAACAUAUAUUCAAAUUAGAGAGAGAGCUUCAGCAAAAGGUGAAUGCACUCGUUGAAAUUGAGAGGAAGUUGAAGGGCCAAGCUGAUAACACAAAAUCUACAGCAGAUGAUACUACAGGUGAGGUGAAAUCAUUGGCUGUUGUGCUUGGAGAGCCCUGGCAAGAAUUUAGUGUAAAUGAAAAGAAAUUACAAAAUAAUAUUGAUAAAGUGGACCUGAUUGAUGAACAUCUAAAUGAGUCAGCUUUGAAUUCCAGUUUGGAUCGGAUUAACAAAGAGCUGGAGAAAAUGAAACGUGACAAUUUAGCUCCAUUUCAGCAAGAAAAUGAGCUUCUAUGUGAGCUUGAUCGACAAGAACCAUUGCAGAAAGAAAUGGAGCUGUUGCAGAUGGUGAAUAAACAGCUUGAGAAUAUGUUUCCUAGUUUUAAAGAGCCUGCAAGGGGUGGAAAUGUUAUAGACAGAGUCCUUGCUUUGGAGAGAGAGUUGGCAGAUGCAUUGAAGGCAAAUGAUGCAAAGAAAAGACAGUUCCAAAGCUCUUUUGUAAAGCAACAAGCAGAUCAAGCAGCUAUGCUCCAAAGCUUCAGAGACAUAAAUGAAUUGAUCAAUGACAUGCUGGAAGUGAAGAGAAAAAAUUCAGUGCUUGAAGAUGAACUGAAGGAGCUACAAAAUCGAUAUUCUCAAGUAAGCCUCCAGUUUGCAGAAGUGGAGGGAGAAAGACAACAACUGGUCAUGACCGUCAAGAAUUUGCGGGGAGGAAAGAAGUCUUAGGUUUGUGGCUCUACUUUUCCCAAGAUUGUUGUCAGGGAUGAGAGAGAAAACAUUCCCUCGUCUCAAGAGAUGUUUCAAUGAUCUGCUUGAUCUUUGCUGAUUGUAUUAUAUUCAUUCUUAGAUGUUAUAAAAAAGCAAGGGAGUAGAGGAGGGGGUUGGAAGAGCUUUUCUGUCACGCUAUUUCAUGUUAUGAGCAAGCAGAAUUUUUCCAGAUCUUUUAAUUUGCAGAUCAAAGUAUGUCAAUGUAGAUAUGGAUUUUGUUAGUUGUGAUAGCAUUCUUUCAUUUGUACUGAAGAAAUAUUUUCAAAUAUGCAUAAACGGAUUCAUCGUUCCCGUAUAAACCGGGAACUACAGAUAUAGUAAUCCAGCUCUGGAAAAAGUUUGAUUCAGAGCUGUCAGUGCCUACUGGAUCUAUUGAUUCUGGCAUUGUAUGUAAUCUUGUAGCCUUUAAAACUUACAAUCAUGAACACGAUAAUUUUGUGAAUAUCAUCAUAUUGGAGGCACACCUCAGAAUUUCAAUACCAUAGGCUUCGGCACUCCAAUUUCUUGUGA